AUGAGGACCUAUAAAAGAAGGACUGAACGAGCUGAUACACCAAAAGAUGUCCUAGAAACAGCUUGUCAUCCAAUAAUUUUUGACACAAAAUGUAUCAAUGCAACUUCAAGACAAUAUGACAUUCCCUUUAAGACAUUACAUCGUUAUGUGGCGAAACUAAAGGCGAAAUUGGAACGUAAUCCGAACUUGACGAGAGCAGAAUUAACUUUGGACUCAGUGGGAUAUAUUAAAGAUAGGCAAGUUGUCACUGAUGAAGAAGAAGAAUCUUUAGCAAGUUAUUUAAAGAAAGCCGCUGAUAUUUAUUAUGGAUUGACACCAUAUGAGACCCGAAAAUUAGCAUCAUGUGAUUUGAGCACAGUGUCUGUUCCAUCGACUUCCAAUGCAUCUAACACGUUGUCUAUCGUCCAAGAGGUUCCAAUUGCUCUGACACCGCAAUAUUUAUCUGUAAAUACAGACCAGAUUACUACCACAACACCCUCUCCUAAAAGAUCUUUGAGGACUGAAUGUGACUCACCUUCUGUAUUUGAAGAAACAUUCAAUUCUGUAUUUGAACCGGAACUGAGAGAAAAACUCAAAGCUCCAGAAAACGUUCAUUAUACAGAAGCAAAUGUGCCCCCAUCUUUACACAAUCUAAACCUUUCCACAACUUCAUCAGCAACAUUUGAAGAGCUAAGACCCUUUCCAAAAGCGGCGCCACUUUUAGAAAAUAGAAGAAAUAUUCGGAAACGUAAAAGUACUAUAUAUACCGACACCCAGGAAAAACUAAAUCUUUUAGAUAUGAAAAACGAAAGAGAAACAUAUAAGAAGAAAAAAACAGAUACAAAAGACAGAAUAGGAAAAGGGAAAGGCAAAGGAAAACGAAAGGGUAAAGGAACGGAUAAAGCUGAUGAGAUUGCUGAUGACACCGCCGCUGAAAAUGACGGUAGUGCCGUAGAUUCAGAUGACGAGAGUACGAUUUGUUUAGAGUGCACUGAAUCCUACGUCGAUAGUGUUCCAGGCGAACAAUGGAUUCAGUGCUUAACAUAA